CUCAUUCAGGAUAAAACAAAGAUGGCAAGUCGGACUAAAUACUGCACCUCAAGAAUAAAAUCAUUCGUCAUUCCAUUAGCAAACUACACCCUCGAGUCUGACUACUAUUUUCCAGCUGCUAGGGAUAGUGGGAAAGUUAAAGGGGAUGACAUCUGAUAAGGUGGCCUCAGAGUGUAUAUUGAAGCUAUACCAUGAUGGACAAGUGGAGACAAUAAACAAAACUGAUUCUCAACAACUGAAACAAUAUGUUGUCCAUUUCACUGCUGGUAACACUGAAAAUUAUGCACAAUAUUGCAACAUUGCAACAUUUGUUCCAACUAGUGAAGACACCCCACUCAAGCGUGCAGAGUGGAUCAAGUACUUGGGUGUUUUCUCAAACCAAGAGAGCAGAUCCAACUUAGUAUAUGAUGCAAUCAAGGGAAACUAUUUGUGUUUGAGUAAAGCGGCAACAACCAAGUCUAGUUCAUUUAAACCAACAGUCGCUUGGGUGGAGUAUGACAAUAAUGAGGUGUGGUCUUUCACAAAAGAGGACUACAAGCUAAAGAUUGUGCAGGAUGCCGGUGGAGUGAAUGUCGACGAAUCCAUUAAUAAGAUUACAUACAACAUGUCAAUGCCUGAUGACAUUGAAGAUUUUCAUGCCAUAUUAUGUACUGUUGAUGUAGUGAUUGAUGAAACAUACACAUCCGAUCCAACGGCAUACAAUGUCUCCACGUUUCUUGGAAACGUUGGCGUGGAAGAUCAAUCUUGUUUCACUUUCAUUUCAAACCGGAGCUUGUGGAGAUACGAUAAAAGAGUACAGAACUACACAGUUCUUGAUAUCAUUGAAGCUUUAUUUCCUUCAGAGAGUUACAAAACCACAUACUUCAGAAAUAUAGCAAAGGGAGAAGGGAUUAUAAGCAUCAGCCCAGAGAUGUGUGAAAGAGAUGUUUAUGCCGCGAUGGAGCCGACGAUUGUAGCUUGCGAGUAGAAAAAGUUGUGUCCAUUUUUGGGGUUGGAAGAAACUCAUUCAUUCUAUUAUCCUCUCACUUUGGGGUAUUUUCCAAUCUGAAUAAUGUGAAGUGAAUGUGCCCAUGUGAAUUAUACUACUUGCAUUAUGAAUAUAGGAUCAAAUAAAUC